GACACUGAGAGAGCCAAUGAUUGCGAAAUACAGGGCUGGAUAAUAAUACACAAAACCUCAGUUGAUCAAAAUCCCAUGUCAGAGCAGGCAAAGAAAUAGAAGCGGCACCAUGAAGUGCCCUGUUGUUUCAAUGCUGAUCCUGAUCUUGACUGUGGAAACAGAGUGCUCAUCGGAAAACAGAUUCUUCAUCUCAGCCCCAAAUGUGUUUCAUGUGGGAGUUAAUGAGAAAGUGUUUGUCCAGAUGGGAGAGCCUCAUCUUAACAGUCCGAUCACCCUCCACUUGGAGCAUGAGAGUACCAGGACUGUUGUGUCCAGAAAAGAAAUUGUGUUUUGCAAUGACGAACGGGACAUCAAAACGGCUCAGCUCAUGAUAAACAAGGAAAUUAUGUCCAGAUUCCAACCUCCAAAACAUCAACCUCCCUACCUUUUGCUGGUGGCAGAGAGCCCAUCGUUCCCUGGCAGGAAGUCAACAAAGGUCCUGGUAUCAAAACACAGGGGCUAUAUCUUCAUUCAGACUAAUCAGCCAAUCUAUAACCCAACACAGAAAGUGAGUUACAGGAUAUUCACUCUUGACCACACGCUCAGGCCUCACGAGGAAGCGUUCCACAUAUCAGUAUUUAAUGCAGCUGGAAACAGAAUAAUGAAGUCCUUCAAGACUGCAAAGGGAGGAAUUAACGUUGGCACAUUUGCUAUACCUGAUGUUUCUAAAAUGGGCACAUGGAAGAUUACAGCUCACUAUGAGGACGAUGAAGCAAAUGCUGUUUCGCGAGAGUUUAAAGUCCAAACAUUUGUUUUACCGAGUUUUGAGGUGAACAUCAACAUGAAGCAGAGCUAUAUUUUGAUGAAUGAGGAAGAGAUUGUCCUCACCAUCUCAGCCAUGUACACCAAUGGCGACAAUGUUAAAGGAGCUUACCACUUCAAAUUUGGGGUGGUUGAUAAAGUCGGACCCCGUGGACAAAUAAUAAAGCCUGUCUUUAUCGAUGGGCUGGAGCUGACUGGUUCGGUCCAGAGUGGAACAGCCUUAAUUUCUCUCUCUGCGGCAAAGAUAAAUGAUCGACUGCAAAACCAGCUGAAUCUAACUCUCUCUGACUUACAGCAACACGGGGCGAAAGUCUUUUUGGGAGUAUUUGUCACCAACAUAAAAAGUGGUGAAAUGCAAGAGGCCCAAGUUUAUCUUCCUGUCCUCUCCCACAAAUACACAAUGGAUCUCUCUCGAACUCGCUCACACUUCAUUCCCGGAUACCCACUGGAUGUGGUGGUGAUCAUGCGUCUCCCAGAUGGCUCUCCAGCAAUUGGUGUGCCAGUAAGGAUUGUUAUACCAGGAUCUUCAGAGAAAUCACUGGAAGCCACUACUGACCAGGAGGGGGCAGUGUUUCAUUCCUUUAAUAUUCACUCUUCAGCUCCAAUUACUCUUGAAGUGACCGCAGAUGGCCUGCAGGAGAGGAAAAUAAUUAAACCUGCUUCAUCUCCAAGAGACACCUACCUCUACAUGAGUUUUACCAACAAGAUGUACUCUGUGAAUGAUUUACUUGCUGUGACAUACAACACAGUGAACGGCCCAAGCGAUGGGUUUAUAUACUACAUGGUCCGAAGCCGCGGCAUCCUAAUAAAAGAUGGAUCUCUCCGAAUUGGAAGUUCAGUUAAAAACAACCUGCUGAUAACGCCUGAUAUGGUUCCAUCCUUCCGUCUGAUAGGCUACUUCUACAACCAACACGGUGACAUCAUUGCUGACUCGGUGUGGGUAGAUGUCAGGGAUGAAUGUGAGAUAAAGGUCAAGGUUGAACAAAAAGGACUUUCUGAACCGGGAAGACCGUCAGUGCUGAAUUUUGAUUUGCAUGGUCAGAGAGCCAAAGUGGCUUUGCUUGCUGUGGAUAAGGCUUUCUACGCUCUCAAUACCGAUAAUAAACUCACAGCCAAACAGGUCUUUUCCUCUAUGCAGUCAUAUGACCUUGGUUGCUCAUAUGGUGGAGGAUCUAACCCAGCAUCUGUACUUACAGAUGCUGGUCUCUCAUUUGUGACUCAGUCCGAGUCAGACUGGAGAAGGGAUUUUCGCUGUGAUUCACGAUCUGCCCGACAAAGACGCUCUGUGGACCUUCAACAGGAAAUGAUAACCUUGAAAUCUAACUUUUCCGAUGAAAAACUUCAAGAGUGUUGUGGUCACGGGUUUGCUCUCAUCCCUAUGACACUGACAUGUCAGGAAAGAGCAAAGAGGGUCUCUCUGGUGCGAAAAAAUCUAGUUUGUGCAGAAGCCUUUUUAAAAUGCUGCCUUGAAGGAAUGCGUCUGAGACAAAAGAAGAUGCGAGAGGAUGCCAAGAGAGGAUUUGGCCGGACUGCAAGUGAAAUAGACAUUGAAGAAUUCUUCUUGGACACUGCUUCUCAGUACAUUCGAAGAUUUUUCCCUCCAAGCUUUGCAUUCACAGAAUUUGAAGUAAAUGGCAAACACAGGUAUACUUUGACUCUUCCUGAUUCCAUCACCACAUGGGAAAUUCAGGUCAUCACAUUGUCAGCAGCCAGUGGUUUCUGUGUAGUUGAACCGUCUGACGUCAAAGCAGUUAAGAGGACGUUUGUGUCCCUGAGACUGCCUUACUCAGUGAGAAAAUAUGAGCAAAUAUCCAUUUCACCUGUUAUCUACAACUAUGGCUUUGACAGACUGGAGGUGGCAGUUCAUAUGGAACAAACUGAAGGACUUUGCUCCCCUGGCUCAGCUACCACUACAGCCUAUGUCAACAUUACUGUGGAGCCAGAGUCUUCCCAGUUUGUCUCUUUCUCUGCUGUUCCCAUGGUAACUGGCUCCAUACCCAUCAAAAUACGUCUCUAUGACAUGGUUAAUGAGAUUGGAAUAGAUGCAGUAGAAAAGACUUUGAAUGUGUGGGAAGAAGGAUUUCAAAAGAGAGUAGAGGAAACCCGAGUGAUACAAUUAGAUGGGAAGAGCACAAAGACCUUCAAUAUUGAUGGAACUUUACCAGAUGAAGUCAUCCCAGGCUCCAGCACCAAUAUUUUCAUUUCGGCAGAAGAGAACGGAUUUCAUUUGCAAGCAAAAAACCUUCUUAAUCCCAAGAAGGUUGCUGGCCUAAUCGUAUUGCCCACAGGAUGUUUGGAGCAGACAAUGGUACGACUUGCCCCUACAGCUUCAGCCCUCCGCUACCUUGAUCUGAGUGAGCAAUGGUUUAACUUACCUGCUGGUGCCAGAGAUGAAGCUCUUGACAAGAUUACCCAAGGAUAUACAAGGAUUUUAAGCUACAAGAAAGGUGAUGGAUCUUAUGGAGCAUGGUAUUCAGUGCCAUCUAGUAAUUGGGUGACUGCGCUUGUAGUAAAAGUUCUGUCUUUGGUGGCACAGCGUCAGACAGGGGCUUUAGGACAGCAGGGCCAGAUAACUAGUGUUGUACCAGCAGAAGAGAUCAUGCACUCAGUCAGUUACCUGACCUCAGUGCAGAACACAGAUGGGUCUUUCACUGACCCACAUCCUGUGUUACACAGACAAGUCCUGAAAGGCAAAGACCAAGAAGCUUCCAUGACGGCUUUCAUAGUUCUCUCACUGCGCCUGUCCCUUCAAUUCCUGCGAAGCGAAGCACGAAAUGAUGUGGAAGCAAGCAUUUCAAAAUCAACAACGUAUCUCAUGUCAAACAUAGAGGAGCUUCAACAUCCAUAUGCUGUUGCCAUCACGGCCUACUGCCUCUCAGUUUGCCUGCCAGAGGGAACAGAUCUUUCACCUGUCUGGACAAAACUUCACACAAUGGCUACCGAAGGGAGGAAUGGCUGUUAUCUGUGGACGACAGACACUAGCCCAAAGAAUCAAGAGACGGCUGAUGGCAUCACAGUAGAGACUUCUGCGUACGCCCUCCUAACUGCAGUGGCACUUCAGCAUAGCCAGUGGGCAGACAAAGCGGCCUGCUGGUUGGUCACCCAGGAAAACUAUUUUGGAGGUUACAGAUCAUCACAGGAUACCAUCAUGGCACUUGAAGCCCUUGCUGAGUAUGAGCUGAAGAGGUCAGUCAGUCCCCAAACAAAUUUAAUAGCGGAGUUCACAGUUCCAACCAAGAGAGACAUUGUUAAGCUUACAGUGGGAAAUAAGGAGAAGGUGGAAGCAGACCUGAAGAAACUUGCAGGGAACAACAUUGUUAUGCAGUUGUCAGGAACAGGAGACAUCAAACUAAAAAUCGUAAAGGCUUUCCAUCUCCUGGAUCCCAAGGACGACUGUGACAAACUGUCGAUCAGUGUCUCAUUGGAAGGGAAAGUAGAGUACACGGCUAAGGUCAUAGAAACAUAUGAAUACUAUGACGACUAUGAUAACAAUGAGGAAAAAGAGUCGCAAGUGCCACAAUCAGCGGUUGAGGGGAUCAAUACUCCCACCCGAAGCAGGAGAGAUGUCGAUAACGCUGUGAAUUCAGACGAGACUGUCACCUACAUGGUCUGCGUCAGUCAUAGCCUGAACAACAAUCUCACGGGAAUGGCCAUUGCUGACAUCACACUUCUGAGUGGAUUUGAAGCUGUAAUUGAGGACCUGGACAGGCUAAAAAGGCUACCUGAGCAAUACAUCUCCCACUAUGAAGUCUCCUAUGGAAGGGUACUGAUCUACUUUAAUGAGCUCUAUGAACCAGAGGAAUGCAUUAGUUUUGAUGCUAUACAGAGAGUGCCUAUUGGCCUUCUGCAGCCUGCUCCAGCUGUGUUCUAUGACUAUUAUGAACCACAGCGAAAGUGUACUGUGUUCUACUCUGCUCCCCAAAGAAGCAAGGUGGUCUCCACACUGUGUUCGGAGGAUGUGUGCCAGUGUGCAGAAAGACCAUGUCAUAAACUAAAAAUGACGUUCAAAUCAGAAAGAAGUGGAAGAGUGACGAAGAAUGACCGGGUACAACAUGCUUGCUUCUUCCCUACGGUAGAUUACGCGUACAUUGUUGAAGUUCUCAGUGUUUCUACGAGGAGCAACUUUGAGAUAUACAACACCACAGUAACCGAGGUGCUUAGAUCACAUGGAGAUAUGCUUGUGAACGAAAAUUCUGCCCGAGUGUUUGCCAAGAGGCGUCAGUGCAAAGGGGAGUUACAUUUGGGAAAGCCGUAUCUCAUCAUGGGCAAAGAUGGCUCCACAACCGACUCAAAUGGAGUGAUGCAAUAUCUGCUGGAAUCAAACACCUGGGUUGAACAAAAGCCUUCGGAGGAAGAGUGUAAAAAAUCUGCCCACCAAGCCGCCUGCCGAGGGUUUUCUGCAUUCAUAAAUGAGUACAAGCUGGAUGGCUGCAAACAGUGAGACACACGGCAUAACAAACCUGAGAGCCUUUUUCUUACGGUUUGUGAUAUUUUACCUCUACAGUGCUUAUAAAUGAAGUCAUGAGGAGUCAUGGAAGCAGAGUAUAAAAGCAUCGACAAGUACUGACACAUUAUUGCUAAAUCAAACAGUAGGUGGAUGACUCAUUCAGUCUCCAGCAGUGUCAUUUGAGAAUUUACUGUGUAACUAUUAAUCAAACUUCAUGUGUAAAACAGUUACGAAUAAAAUAACAAAUCUG